AUGGAACCUAGGCUAGGUACCGCAGUGCCACCACCACCACCACCAGCAGUCUCGGGAUUAGCACCAGGAGCGACUUCUCAGGUGUACCACCGCGAUACGAGUACACCAGAGUACGAACAAUACCGGACCCGUUAUAUAACAAGCAAUGUACCCUCAAGGUUUCCCCUGGAGAUUCACCUACCGUCGAACACAAAGGACGUUGUUGCCGCCGUGAGGCGUGCAAGGAUCUUAGGUGUCAGAGUCGGCGUACGCUCAGGAGGGCAUUCAUUCCCCUGUAGCUCGCUCGUGGAGGACGGGUUGUUGAUCGACAUGAGAAAUGUGCACAGGCGGGUCCUUUACAAUCCACAUUCAGGGCACGUCGAGUUCGGACCCGGUGUCAAGGUCAAGGAGGUCAUGGACGAACUGAACAGGCUCGGACGAUUUUUCCCAACUGGUCACGCGCCGAGUGUAGGUAUGGGUGGCUUCACCCUCAACGGAGGCCAAGGCUGGUUCAUGCGUGGAUGGGGUAUCACCAGUGAGCAGUGGAUCGUGAAGAUGGAGAUUGUGACGGCCAACGGAGACGUGGUUGUUGCAAGUAAAGAAGAGAACAGUGAUCUUUUCUGGGCAGCAAGGGGGAGUGGACAGUGGUUUCCCGGGAUUGUUACUAGGAUUUGGGGCCGCACCGUACCGAGGAAAAGGCUGUGGCAUAGAACAUUGACCUUUCGAGUAGGUGAGGCGUAUGAGGAACUGAUGAGGUUUGUGUUUGAGAGAGAGAAGAGAUCACCAAAAUGGGGCGUCGAGGUCGCGUUAUGUACGUUUUUCCCAGGAAGAUAUCAGGGUCGAGAGGGAGAUGAGAUCGGAGAUGAUACCUUGUUGUUCGCGGUUGAGAUGAUUGCGUUUUGUGACGGGCUGAAGGACGCAGAGACGUUGUUGAGUGCGUGGUCCGACGUGCCACAGUCUUUGACACCGAACCUGGUGCAAGAUGACCCUGUCAGAGCAACGAACUGGGACGAGUUGUUCGCUUUCCAAGAUAGUUUGGUGCCAUAUGGACAUGGGGAGAGGUGGCUGUGUGACAGUAUCUUGAGUCAGCCGGACGUUGAGGACGAAGAGUUGAUCAAGAGGAUCAAAACAGCAAUGUGUGAUCUCCCGACACGAUUAUCUGUGGGUUGUGUAUACAUCAGCCAGGCAACCCCAGAUGAAAGGGAUCAAUGUUGCUCAUUGCCGCAGAAGUAUUACGUUGCCUCGUUCGUCGGCUGGACAGAGGUUGGAGAAGAGAAAGAGAGGACGCUGAGAUCGUGGCUGUCGUCGGCCUUCAGCGAGGCUGAAGUGGUGAGUUGUGGGAUGUACAUUGCCGAUUUCGAUCAUCAACAGCGGCAAAGCAGAGUCAUGACCCCGUACGCCGAACAAAGAUUUGCUGAGGUUUUCUGGGAGCCUAGUGUUGAAUGA